CCCAAAGCCAGAUAAUAAAGAAAGAGACAGGAAAAAAGACAAGAGCGAAGAAAAGAAUACAAGAGGAAAAUCCCGCACAAUGCAGAUCACCAAGGCGAUCCUUAUCGCCCUCGCCCCCGUCCUCGCCGCGGCCUGGGAGUCCCCCAGCUACGACGGCAUGACGCGGGUGUGGCAGGACACCUUCGCAGGCGCCGGCGGCAGCCUGCCCGACGAGUCACGCUGGAACGUGCUCAACACCAAGCUCAACGUCAACAACGAGCUGCAGACGUAUCGGCGCAGCGCGCGCAACGCCCAGCGGUCCGGCGGCGGCAGCCUGCAGCUCGUGCCGUGGAAGGACGCCUCGGUCGACGGCGGCUGGACCUCGGGCCGUGUGGAGAGCAAGUACACGCUCACGCCCGGGUCGGACAAGCUAACGCGCGUCGAGGCGCAGCUCCGCUUCGGCCCCAACGACGUGUCGCAAAAGCAGGGGGUAUGGCCCGCCUUCUGGAUGCUGGGCGAUUCGAUGCGCCACGGCACCCCCUGGCCCGCGUGCGGCGAGCUCGACAUCAUGGAGACGGUCAACGGCGUCCUGUCGGGCCACGGCACCACCCACUGCGACGUCUACCCGGGCGGCGUCUGCAACGAGGGGCUCGGCAUCGGCGCCACCGUGCCGCUGCCCAACCAGGACUGGCACACGUGGCGCCUCGAGGUCGACCGCCGCGGCAAGCAGAGCUGGCGCGACGAGACCAUCACCUGGUACAUGGACGGCCGCCAGUUCCACCAGAUCUCGGGCGCCCGCAUCAACAACGAGCGCGUCUGGACCUCGCUGGCCCACAGCCCGCUUUAUAUAAUCUUCAACGUCGCCAUCGGCGGUGAUUGGCCCGGCUACCCCAACGGAAACACCCAGGAUGGCUACGGCGCCAUGAUGGAGGUUGGCUAUGUGGCGCACUACUCCAGCUAGAGCGCGCCACCUGCCGUCACAGCCGACCCUGUGCCUUAUAUCGUCCACGUCCAUACCUACUGCCUGAGCACCUAGGUGCCUACCAACCUACCAGCCUAUCUAAGCGGUUACUUUCGUCAACAGCCUUGCCAUUUACAUACAAGUCAGGCGGCCACUUCUCUUUUUUUUCUUCUCCCGCUGCUUACUCAAUAUCUUUCCUUCUCGUACACAUACCCAUUGCCCCUCUUCCGUCGGGCAUAUUCGAUCCCUUUUUUUUUUCCACAUUUCCCU